AUGCGGACAUCUAAGAAUGGCGACUCGGAGGUUGCACGUUUGCUUCUGGAAACUGGUGCGAGCAACGAUUGCAGGGACGGUGAUGGCAGGACAGCCCUAAUGCUUGCAUGUGAGCGUGGUCACUUGGAGGUUGUACGACUGCUGCUUGAAGCUGGCGCUGAGAAAGAUUGCUGGGACCAUAUCGGCAUGACAGCCUUAAUGUGGGCAUCUGUCGGUGGCCAUGCCGAAGUAACACGCUUGCUGCUGGAAGCGGGUGCUGACAAAGAUUUCAGGGACCAUGGCGGCAUGACAGCCCUAAUGUUCGCAUCUGGGAGCGGUCGCGUAGAGGUUCUGCGAUUGCUGCUGGAAGCUGGUGCUGAUAGCUGUGAGCAUGACAGCCCUACAGUGAACGGCCCUAUGGAGUUCUGGAUCUAA